AACAGUUUCUUACAGCUAUAAUCUGGAGUACGGGAGCUUAGAAAUAUUUCUUUCUUUUUUUGCUUGUUUGAAGACUUGUUUGAUUUUUUCCGUUCUCCGAUAUUCAUCGGCCUGUGUCUGCGUAUUACGGCUAUUAAGCCUACCUCCAUGGGAUGACCUCUCGGUUUCUUGCUUUUUUAACUAUCCGGCGCAGCGAUGUACACGUUUUGCUUUUGCUCCCAUUUAUCACUCACAAUUGCAAAGGGCGGCGUUUACGAUUUCGGUUAUAUGGCAGAGCAGACUUGUUUUUGCGGAUCAUCCGCUGCGAUUGUUCGCCUGUGAACAGGCGAAUUAAAAAGGAUACGAAGACUUUACAUUUGGUAUUUGUUUUUGCUUGCAUUGGUUUUUCUUGUUUCUAUGAAGACAACAUUUGGAUGUCUUGGUAUCCAUAUGUUAACAGGCCCGGCGCCAGGACGUAUGUUAGAGCUACAACAAUCAUGAGAUCCCAUUUUAUUGCAUUUAUCUGGAUGAAGAGUUGCUUCAACACUGGAGAUCCUCAAUGCGACUUUCACUGUUGCUGGGAGUAGUGCGAGGCAUGCAGAAAUCAUUAUCUCGCAAGAGCUCAUCAGUGAUGUUUAAAAGAUAGCCCGACGAACUGCAAACAGGUUCAUUCACCUGUGAUUCAAAAUAUCCUACCGGCGUAAAUCUUACCUUGACGCCCACAUGCGCUUUGAACGCGCUUGGGAAGCGAGUGA